UGCUGUUUGUUGACAUGCAGAAUCAAAUAAAAUGUGAUAUCUAUGGACAAAAUUUUCGGCUUUAUUUACACACAAAUGAGCUACAUGCAUAGUUUCGAUAUGCGUAGCUUCACAUCUGAAGAAAGUUUAAAAGCUUUUUUGCGUGUGUAUGAAAAUAUAAGAAAUUUAUGAUAACCAAGUUUUGAAUUUCAUGAAGUGCACCAUAACAAUUUGAUUAUUUCGUACCAACUUUCGUUUGACGGAAUAUAACUUUGUAUUAUCUUUUAAUAAAAAUUUCAGUUCUAAAAUAUGAAAAAAUCACGGGAAUCUAAUGUUCAAGAUAUUGGAAGUAAGAGGUUAAAACUCGAAAAUCUUCCUGGUGAUCUUUCUUCAACAAUACAAAUUUCGAAUCUAAUGUUGGACAUGAAUUCUGACUGUACAACUGAAGUUGUAAAUUCUGAUGAGGGUUCACAAAUUCUACCAGAUGGAACCAGUUUAGUUGCAGAUACCAACUUUGGAAUUGUAAUAGAGUUUAUGGACAUUACAGAACCUCUCACAACGCUACGUACGCUAUUAGAACAAAGAACUGGAAUGAAUCUUUCAGACUACAAAUUUUUCUUGCAAGACACUCAAGAGCUGAAUGCCUCGAAAAACUUGGUUAAUCAGUGUGUUCAAGGUGAAGGAGUAGUGCAGAUUAAUGUAGAUAUUACAGACAAAGAAGGAGUAAAGAAGAUAAAUAUUGUUGAUGUCCUUAAGCCAGCCGAAGAAGUUCCUCUCUCACCUGUUACUAAUUCUCAAGGAGAUUCAUCAUAUGAAGCUUCAACAUCACCAAGAGCUAGAAUUGCUCCAAAUGAAGAUUCUCAUCAUGUUACUCGAUGGACUGUAGCCCCAGAAUUCAAAAAAAUACAAGAAAAAUGCCAAAUUCCUCAAGAUCCGUCGCUAUGGGUUGAGCAACAUGUAAAGUUGUGGUUUGAAUGGGCUACAGUGCAUUUUAAUUUAACAGAUGUUGAUGUUAAUGAUUGGAAUUUAACUGGAAAGGAAUUAAUGGAGAUGAAUCAUGAAAGUUUUCUGCAAAAAGUACCAUUCGAUCCUGGAGAUUUAUUUUGGACACAUUUAGAACUACUUCGAAAAUUUAAAAUUAUUGCUAUUCUUCAAACUCCUGCAGUUGUUCAAGAUCAAAAUGACAGUACACCUAAAAGUGCUAUUUUUAAAAAUCGUACAAAAACACCAAGGAUUGGAACACCAAGAGUAUCUUAUGAAGGCUGUCUUGGUAAUCAUACAGGAAACAAUGGGCAAAUACAAUUAUGGCAAUUUUUACUGGAACUUCUGACCGACAAAGAUCAUAGUGACUUUAUACAAUGGGUUGGCAAUGAAGGUGAAUUCAAGCUUAUCAAUCCAGAAAUGGUGGCACAACUCUGGGGACAAAGAAAAAACAAGCCUACCAUGAACUAUGAAAAACUUAGUCGUGCACUUCGAUACUAUUAUGAUGGAGAAAUGAUUGCUAAGGUAAGUAUAAAUGAAUUGCUUUUUAUAAAUUAUGAAAGGCAUGCAUGACAACUUCCGUCUCGCUUUUUUAUUAGUUACUGCAGCCAAAAUUAUAUUCCAAAAAUUUCUGAACUAAAAUAUUCAGUUAUCAUGUAAACAAAAAAUUUAGAAGUAUAUAACAG